UGUGUGAAACCCUCCAAUUCCGAAGUUGACUAAUAAAUUUCUUCUUAAUGAGCGCAAAGCGGUUUUCCCUUUUCUCGCCGUUAGACUUCAGGGGGAUUUUGGCUGCCGUUGCACGCACUACCUCCGUCUCUCCGUUGAAUUCCCAUCUCUUUACUUUCAUUCCUGCAAAUCCAGCGAGAAAAGGGCUUCUGGUGGAAUACAGAAGGCAGAGCAGCGAGUAACAAGAGGAAGAGGGAGGAGGCAUGGGCCGGAGCAAGUUCAUCUUGGGGUUGCUCACUUUGGUCACCAUAGGAAUGAUCAUCGGUUCUUUAUUUCAGCUAGAAUUUAUCCACAGAUUGGAGGUGCCUUCUGGUGUUUCUCAUUGGGAGAAUGACAAAGAAGCAGCUACACUUCGACUUGGAUUUGUCAAGCCGGAAGUAAUCAGCUGGUCGCCUCGGAUAAUUCUUUUUCAUAAUUUCUUAAGCACCGAGGAGUGUGAUUAUUUGAGAGCACUUUCUAGACCUCGGCUUCAAACUUCGACUGUCGUUGAUGCUAAAACAGGGAAGGGAGUUAAGAGUGAAGUACGUACGAGUUCUGGCAUGUUUUUGAGAUCAGAGGAGAGAAAAUUUCCCAUUAUUCAGGCUAUUGAAAGGCGGAUCGCCGUUUUCUCUCAAAUACCUGCAGAAAAUGGAGAGCUUAUCCAAGUUCUGAGAUAUGAAGUCGGUCAACAGUACAGGCCACAUCAUGAUUACUUCUCUGACUCUUUUAACUUAAAACGUGGUGGGCAACGUGUAGCAACAAUGCUGAUGUAUCUAAACAAUGACGUUGAAGGGGGUGAAACACAUUUUCCUAUGGCCGGAAAUGGAAAAUGUAGCUGUGGUGGAGACAUCGUAAGAGGGAUUUGUGUAAAGCCGAAAAAAGGAGAUGCUGUACUAUUUUGGAGCAUGGUUUGUAUUUCCCUUCUUUUGACCACUGUUGAUUUAUUAAGAAAAAAAAUAUUCACUUAAUAAUUACAAUCCAAUAUGCGAAGAAAAAAAAGAGAGAUGUUGUACUAUCCGGAUGCUAUGAUAUGAG